AUGAAAGUCCUCAUCGUCGGCGCCUCAGGCUCCAUUGGCAGCGAAGCUCUUUACCAAUGUCUCUCACAUCCACUGAUCACGUCCGUCGUGGCGUUCGUGCGACGCGACCUCUCCGUCGAAGUAACAUCGAACCCGAAACUAGAGACCGUGAAGGUUAAUGAUUUUGCCAUGUGGCCGGAAGACGUGUUGAAGAAGCAUAUGGAUGCAGUGGGGAUGAUCUGGGCCAUGGGUACCUCCACCGGCAGCAUGACAGCGGACCUUGAAUACCCGCUCAUUUUCAUCGAGAGUAUGGGCAAGGUGUCGAAGUCGAAGCCAAGAGCGCAGCGAUUCCGAUACGUCCAUUUAAGCGGGAAAUUUGUGCGACAGAAUCAAGACGAGAGGUUAUGGUUUUUGGAGAAGCCGAGGAAAAUCAAGGGUCUACUAGAAACUCGCGCCUUAGCUUUCGCGGAGGCCCACGAAUCCGUAUGGCAAACCUUCAUCGUCAAGCCGGGCGGCGUGGUGCCUCGACAGAUCGGGGCCGGGGGGUGGCUGUAUAUGAUCACGCCGAUUGGGGCGUUGUUGGGCGAGAACUGGUCUGUGAAGGUGCAGGAGCUGGGGGCGUUUAUGACGCAUCUGGUGAUUGAUGGGGCUGACGAGGAGGCUGUUUCGGAGAAUGCGCGAAUUGUGAGGAAGGGGAGGGAGUUGUUGGAUGAGAGGGGAGGUGAUUCUGGGUCUUAG